CUAAAUAAAAAAUGAAAAUCUUAGUAAAAUCUAGGGCUAUUUUAGCAAUUUCCGUUUUCUCUUUUUUAGAGUCAAAUAUUCAUUCUUUUUGGAAUUAGGACGCUUCCGCCUGUAAAAUUUGAGCUGGUGAAAGCUUUUUCCGGGAGAAGUGAAAAAAUCAUCGGAGUUUUUGAGAAUUCCAAGCGGCGGAGAGAUGGAGGUGGAGAAACCGGAGUUGACAUUGUAUAACACGAUGACUCAGUUGAAAGAAGUUUUUAAGCCGAUCAAUCCCGGCAAGAUCGGGAUGUAUGUCUGUGGCAUCACCGCCUACGAUUAUAGCCAUAUUGGGCACGCUCGUGCCGCCGUCUCUUUUGACCUCCUUUACAGGUACUUAAGGCACUUGGGUUAUGAAGUUCAUUAUGUCAGAAAUUUUACAGAUGUUGAUGACAAGGUGAUUGAAAAGGCUAAAAAGUGUGGGGAGAAGCCGUUAGAUUUGAGUAAUCGCUUUUGCGAGGAGUAUCUUCUAGAUAUGACUGCUCUUCAGUGCCUCAUUCCCACCCGCCAGCCUCGUGUCAGUGACCAUAUGGAGCACAUUAUUAAGAUGAUUGAAAAGAUCAUUGAAAACGGAUGUGGCUAUGCAGUGGGUGGAGAUGUGUUCUUCUCAGUGGAUAAGUCACCGAGUUACGGUCAAUUAUCUGGGCAACGGUUGGAUCAUACUCAAGCUGGUAAGCGUGUUGCUGUUGACUCAAGGAAGCGCAAUCCUGCCGACUUUGCAUUAUGGAACGCUGCAAAAUCUGGUGAACCAAGUUGGGAGAGCCCUUGGGGUCCAGGAAGACCAGGAUGGCACAUCGAGUGCAGCGCCAUGAGUGCUCAUUACCUGUCUCCGAGAUUUGACAUUCAUGGUGGUGGCGCAGAUCUGAAAUUCCCGCACCAUGAAAAUGAGAUCGCCCAGACAUGUGCUGCUUGUGAAGAUAGUGGUGUGAAUUACUGGUUGCAUAAUGGGCAUGUUACCAACAACAAUGUGAAGAUGGGAAAAUCACUGGACAACUUCUUUACGAUUAGAGAAAUCACGGCAAAAUAUCAUCCACUGGCUCUAAGACACUUCUUGAUGAGUGCACAGUACCGUUCUCCUCUGAACUAUUCGGUUUCGCAGCUUGAGAGUUCAUCGGAUGCUUUAUAUUGUGCUUAUCAGACAUUAGAAGAUCUUGUUAAAUAUCUAUCGCCAUAUCGAGAAGAAAUGAGUGGAGAUGUGGGAAAGACUCAACAGACUGCAGAAGCCAAAGAGAUGAUAAAGAAGGUGAAAAGUGAGUUUGAAACAAAAAUGUCAAACGACUUGAACACUGCCCAUAUACUCACGGGUGCUUUGCAAGACGCAUUGAAAUUCAUCAACGUUUCAAUCUCCAAGCUCAAGAAAAUUCAGAAAAAGCAGCGGAUGUCGCUGAUCGUAUCACUAGUCGAGGUUGAGAAAGCAGUGAGGGAAGUUCUUGAUGUGCUUGGUUUGCUCACGACUCUAAGCUACGACGAGUUUUUGAAAGAGAUGAAACAAAAGGCAUUAACAAGAGCAGGAAUAGGAGAAGAAGAGGUCUUGCGGAGGAUCGACGAAAGGAAAUUAGCCCGAAAGAAUAAAGAUUUCAAGAGAAGCGAUCAAAUUAGAGAGUUGUUGGCAGCUAAAGGAAUCGCCCUGGAGGAUAUUCCUGGAAAAGACACGGUGUGGAGACCAUGCACCCCUUUGAGCCUAAAUCCGGUUUAGGCAUGACCGCCUUGGCUCUUGCUACAUGUUUUAUUUUCUUGGGCUUCUUUUUCUAUAGCCGUUGAACUCUUAUUUUGUUAUUUGUUUAGAUAAUGAUGUUGGAAAUAUGAUGAAAUUACUUUAGAUAACAGCA